ACACCACCAUAGCUGGGUGGAUCACAACAGGAUAUUAGGUAUAUAUAUAUCAAAAAAUUCUCUUUUAUUUUUAAUGAGAUUUCAGCCUCUUAUCAUGUAACACAGAAAAGACAAGUGGGAGCUCCUAGGAACCAGGGAAGAAAAACCACUUAACCAACCAACAGGUGGCUGCUGACCCUUCCAGUCUCUCAAAGUGGCCGUUGGCUAAAAUCGGAAACAAUAAAGGACUACCAUGGAUGAUGACGACAAAACACCCAUCAAGGAAUUUGACAUUCUGAAAGAGAAAUUGGAAAAGCAAAGUCUCUCAGAUGUGACAGAGCAAAUUAUGAAAGACUUGAGCUUGUUAAAGAACACUGUCCUUGACAUCGCCAUCACAGGGAUGUCGGGUGUUGGGAAAUCAUCGUUUAUCAAUGCCCUGCGAGGUAUGACAGAUUAUGAAGAAGGUGCAGCCACGAUUGGGACGACACAAGCAACGAUGGAGCCAAAGGCAUAUCCACAUCCCACAUUCCCAAAAGUAACAUUAUGGGAUCUACCAGGAAUUGGGACUCCUCAAUUUGAAUCAAAAAAAUACCUGAAGAAGGUAAAUUUUCCAAAGUAUGAUUUCUUCAUCAUUGUGGCCUCUGAUCGCUUCACCACACAUGAUGUUCUCCUGGCUCGUGAAAUCCAGAAGAUGGAGAAGAAAUUUUAUUACGUACGCACCAAAAUGGAUCAGAGUAUAGAAGCUGAAAAAAGAGAUCCAAACUUCAAAGAGGAAAAAACAGUUGAGAAGAUACGGAAAUACUGCUGUGACAGUCUGAUAGAAGCAGGAGAAUUUAAUCCAACGGUUUUUCUCAUUUUCAGUUGGAAUUUGAAUAAGUAUGAUUUUCCUUCCCUGCAAGAGACCUUGGAGAAUGAGUUGGAUGAGCUCAAGAAGUAUGCUUUAAUUGCAAUUAUGCCAGCUUUCUCAAGAGAAGUCCUGAAGAAGAAAAAGGCUGCUAUGGAGUCCCUUAUAUUUAAAGUAGCCCUUGCGUCUGGUGUCGUUGGGGCAGUCCCCAUCCCGGGACUCUCUAUUGCUUGUGAUCUUGGCAUCUUGGCAGUAACAAUGAUAUAUUUCUGCAAUGUCUUUGGCUUGAAUGAAGAUUCCCUCUGCAGACUUGCAAACCAUGUGGGCAAACCUAUUGACGUGUUGAAAUCAGCUAUCACAAAGUCCUCGAUGGCCAGCAACAUCACCAUUAAAUUUGUAAGUGAUCUGUUGACUAAGUCAUUAGUGCAUGGACCACGGAAGGCACUCAAAUUUUCUGUUGAUCGCAUACCAGUGUUGGGCUCUCUAGCUGGUGGAGGGCUUUCAUUUGUAACCACCUUCUACAUGCUGAAGAGCUUUCUAAAUGAUGUUGAGGAAGAUGCAGAGAAUGUCCAGGCAAAAGCUGCAGAGUCCUAAGACAAGUAAAGUGGGAGGAAACCCAUGUGGAGAACAGGCUGAGACACAUGACUUUCAAGCAGAGGACAUGGAAUCCAAACUCAAGAACUGAUUCUAAAUUUCAUGCUCAUUUUGAACUUCCUAAUAUGUGGAGUUGUUCUUUCAGAACCACAGCCUCCUCUGCUAAGAAGCUUUCUAGAAAAAUUGAAAGAUGAUCCAAACAUUAAAAAAAAACAAUGUGAAGAGUCCCAACUAAAUAGCCACAUGAAAAGAAAAACUGGGGCACCAAACAUAUGAACUGUACUCAAGCCUUAAGCAUUGGGAAGGAAAGGAAACUGGAUUUCAAAUUUGGAUUGGAAGCCCCACCUUCACGCUUCUAAGUAAAAUUUGGAGUGAAGUACACAAUUGAGUUCCAUAGUGGCCAAUAAAAAAAAAUCUUUAAUUUCCCUAAUGGAAAUUCUUUUAACUGUGCUGAUUCAAUGGACAUUUUAAGAAAGGUAUUAGAACUGCAGUAUAAUGAAAGAGCUCUGGAGACGGCAGUAUAAGAGACAGGAUCAAAGUCAGGGCUUUUUUUCUGGGAAAAGAGGUGGUGGAACUCAGAGCCAAGCUACAAGUGAUGCCUGACACAGGUCGGACACUUGUCAGCUUCCCUCAAGUUUUGAUGGGAAAUGUUGGCGUCCUGGUCUUGCUGCUGUGAUGGAGAGCCAAGCUGUAAAACCAGCACGCCUACAUUUCCCAUCCAAACUUGAGGGAAGCUGACAAGUGUCCAACCUGUGUCAGGCAUCACUUGUAGCUUGGCUCUCAGUGGCACGUAGGGCAAUCUAAACUCCCCUCUGUCUGGAGAUCAGGGGGCGGGGCCACCACCCAUGUGACCAUUUUCAAGAGGUUCCGAAACUCCGUUCCACCGCAUUCCAGCUGAAAAAAAGCCCUGAUGAAUGUCAAUUGUGAUAUUCAUUGUAUGUAUUACAUACAUUCCUUUUACUGCGCUGUGUUCUAACUUUGUAACUCACUUUCUGUAUUAUGGCUUGUCUUGCCUAGACAGUUGCCUCCUCUUUCUUUUCACUGUUGUUUUUGUUGAUGUUUGCAUUGUUUUCCCAAUUCUGGAACCCUACUACAUUCUUUAUUGGAGGGCCUGCUGUCUAAACUGUUUUGAAAUUUUGUAAUCUAUGGACAGUGAGAAUGGCAGGCUACAGAUGAAGAAAAUAAGUAACAAAUAAAAUAAACUUGAGAGAUGUCCGACUGGGAAGCAAAGAGCAGUGGUUUUCAAACUGGGAACCCUCAGAAAAUGACCCAGGGUCCUGAACGAAAAGAUCAGUAAUGGCAGACAAGGGCCGU